UUUUUACAGAGGUUUUUCAAAUUAAAUAGAAGAUUAAGUAAUGAAGAAGAAGAUGAUCAAUCUCCCUUUCUUCUCCAUUCCUCUGCUCCUCUGCAUUGCCUCUGCAAAUGCCCAGAAUCAAGGGGUGGGGUUUGGGUACGAAGGGAGGAAUGGACCGACGAGAUGGGGGAGCCUCGACCCUCAUUACACCAAAUGCUCCGCCGGAAAAUUACAGUCUCCGAUCGAUAUCCACAAGAAGCACGCUCUCUACAACCGGAGAUUGGGAUCUCUCCUCAACCGUUACCAUCCCGCAAACGCCACUCUCCUUAACCACGUCUGCAACGUCGCGAUGUUUUUCGGGGGAGGGGCAGGAGACAUGGUGUUAAAUGGAAAGAACUACACUUUGCACCAGAUGCAUUGGCACACUCCUUCAGAGCAUCUUAUCGAUGGGAUCCAAUAUGCUGCAGAGCUCCACAUGGUCCACCAAGCACAAGAUGGAGACUUCGCCGUCGUCGCUACGCUCUUCAAAUUAGGCCACGAGGACCCUUUCCUCGCCAAGAUAAAGGAGAAGUUGGAGAGAUUGAUAGAAGACAAGAGGGGAGGGAACACAACGGCGCAAGUGGAAGUAGGGGAAGUGGAGACAAAACACAUCGAACACAAAACCGGCAAUUAUUUCAGAUACGUUGGUUCCCUCACCACCCCUCCUUGCUCCGAAACCGUCUCUUGGACCAUCCUUAGCCAGGUGAGAUCAAUUUCAAAGGAACAAGUAGAAUUACUAGAAGCCCCAUUGGACAUUGAGUACAAGAACAACUCAAGACCGAUUCAAUCCCUCAACGGUCGCAAAGUGGAGAUGUUCCACAAGCUCUCCCACAACCACAGGAAGGUCGAUCACAUUAAUUAAUUAAAACUCCCAAAUAACUUUAUCAUUGUAUUAUAAUAUAUAUAAUCCAAAAUAAAUAAAUGGAUUCUUGAAAAAAAUAUAAUAUAAUAAACCCUAAUCUCGUGUAUUACUUAUGUUGUUCACUGCUAGAUUUAGCUUUCCCAUGUUUGGUGCGUGAUGUUGCAGAAUAAAUGCAACGAGGAUAUGUGAAUGAGCUUAUCCUAUAUAUAUAUUAUAUAGUACCCUUUUAUGUUAUUA